GAAACGAAUUUGUGGCGGGGAUGGGGGCAUGAGGCUCCCGCUGCUGAAGGGUCCCGCCGGCUCUUUCCCCCCUUGCCUGGCUCUGGGAAGCCUUUGCUGCCUCCUGGAGGCACAGGAGCUUUCUCCACCCAGCAUCCAGCAAAACUCUCCAGCUCCGGCACGCUGGGUCACUUUAACUACUCUAUUUCUGCUCUUGGAGGCAGAUAUCACUGAGAGGCGCUAGGAUCUGGGUGGCUGAAGGAAGAAAACAGCUCAAARCCUUGCCCUGGGCAGUGGUGGCAUGUACAGAGGUGCUGGCCAGGUGUGGGGUUGGCAGAGCUGGGCWGGAGGUGCCCAUCUGGGAGCUAAUGGGUCGCGCUCUCACUCCACCCAUCCGCCGCUCGCCAAUUGGAAGUGAGGGACAAAGAUGCUCUGGAUGGAUUAAUGUUGGAGCCAGUGAAAAAGCAGGAGCYGCCGCUGCUGCCUCGGCCACCUGAGCGAGUGGCCUUUGGGGACAAGUGCUGGUGGCUCGGGGGGACAGCCCUGAGGGGAGCACGGGCAUCUCUCUGUUGAGGAAGUAGCACAGAGUCUCCACCUGCAGCGAUGUCAAGAAAUGGAUACUUCUUUGAAGAGAGUGGGUACCUCAAAUGCGACACGGACGACGCGAAGGAGGAGGCAGCGGGUGAAGAGCUCUUCGAUGGCGUCAAUUCCACCAUCGUGUCCGGGGACAGCAUCCGCUUCUUCGUCAACGUCAACCUCGAGGGCACUCCCAGCGCCACCGCCGAAAGUGAAGGUGCUGGCUGCGUGUUACUGCACACAUCAAGGAAGUACCUGAAAUUAAAGAAUUUUGAGGAGGAGGUCAGAGCCCAACGGGACCUGGAUGGGUUCUUGGCCAGAGCCAGCAUCAUCCUGGAUGAAACAGCCACGUCCUUGGACGAYGUUCUUCGGGAGAUGCUGAAACACUUCGCGGAAGAUCCCGAGAACAUGGAGCCGAGCUGCAACUUUGAAAAAAUCAUGAGCACUUUAUUCACAGAUUCAGGGACCCCACGGGAAGGGAACGUUCACCUCUUAUCAGACACAAUUCAAGGGGUCACAGCCACAGUCACGGGGGUGCAGUAUCAGCAGUCCUGGCUCUGUAUCAUUUGCACUAUAAAGUCCCUUCAGCGACGUCACGUUUGCAUCAGCCGCCUGGAGAGGCCUCAGAACUGGGGUGAGAACUCCUGUGAAGUCAGAUUUGUGAUCCUGGUCCUGGCUCCUCCCAAGAUGAAAAGCACCAAAACGGCCACAGAAGUGGGCAGGACCUUUGCCACGAUGUUUUCGGACAUCGCCUUCCGGCAGAAACUCCUGGAAACCAAAACUGAGGAGGAGUUCAAGGAGGCCUUAGUGCACCAACGCCACUUAUUGACAGUGGUGAACCAGAGACCCUCAGGGAAGAGCGAUGGGCACAAAUCACACGGGAGCAAACCACUCAAGCUGCACGAGUUUCUCAGUGUUGGCAAGGGGAUUUCUGAUGACAUUGCACGAAGACUCCCAGUGUACGCGCUGGAUUUCACCGAUGGUAUUAUUGGGAGUAACAAAGCUAUAGGAAAAUACAUCACGACCAUAAUCUUUCUGUACUUUGCCUGCCUCCUUCCAUCCAUUGCCUUCGGGUCCCUCAAUGAUGAGAACACCCGAGGAGUUAUYGAUGUGCGGAAGACAAUCUUUGCUCAGUGCAUUGCAGGGCUGCUCUACGCCCUCUUCGCGGGGCAGCCCCUGGUCGUGCUCCUGACCACAGCUCCCUUGGCACUCUACAUCAAUGUCAUCCGAGGAAUCUGUGAUGACUACAACUUGGAUUUCAGUGCUUUCUAUGCCUGGAUUGGACUGUGGAACAGCUUUUUCCUUGUGAUCUACUCCCUCUUUAAUUUGAGCCUUCUGAUGAAGCUCUUUAAAAGGUCAGUAGAAGAAAUAAUGGCACUUUUUAUAUCCAUCACAUUUGUGUUUGAUGCCAUCAAAGGCAUUGUUAAAGUUUUUAAGAAAUAUUACCACCACGGGCGCACAGGAGGCAGUUACUCAGGAAAAGCACGGGCUGAUGCUCUCCCAGAGCUCRGCAUCAACAGCAGCUUCUUGGUGAACUCAACAGUGAGCAACCAGACAUGCACCCAUGAUGGGCACUACGGGCACGAGACUGCUGUCCUCAGCCUCAUGCUGAUGUUGGGGACCCUCUGGCUCGGCCACACGCUCUAUCAGUUUAAGAAAAGUCCAUAUUUGCACGCGAGGGUACGUGAAAUUCUGUCCGACUGUGCCUUACCCAUUUCAGUCCUGACCUUCUCUGUUGUGGGUUCUUUUAUCUUCAAGGAAAUUGAAAUGUCCAAAUUUAACUACAACGCCUCUGACAGCCUGUUUGUGCUGGCCCCUGUGCAGUCCCUGUCCAUUGGGUCGGUGAUGAGUGCCAUGGGACUGGGAUUYCUCCUGUCCAUGCUCUUCUUCAUCGAGCAGAACAUCGUGGCGUCCCUCACCAACGCCCCGGAGAACAGGCUGGUGAAGGGCACAGCCUAUCACUGGGACCUGCUGCUGGUGGCGCUGAUCAACACGGGGCUGUCRGUCUUUGGGCUGCCCUGGAUCCACGCCGCCUUCCCGCACUCYCCCAUGCACGUCCGUGCCCUGGCCUAUGUGGAGGAGAGGGUGGAGAGUGGACACAUCUAUGAGACGAUCGUGAGUGUGAAGGAGACCCGGCUGACGAGUCUGGCAGCAAAUUUCUUCGUGGGGCUCUCGCUUCUGCUGCUGCCUUUUCCUCUCCAGUGGAUCCCAAAACCAGUCCUUUAUGGCCUCUUCCUCUAUAUUGCCCUGACCUCCAUUGAUGGCAACCAGCUCUUUGAAAGGGUGGCUCUGCUGCUCAAGGAACAGACCGCGUAUCCUCCGACCCAUUACAUCCGCAGAGUUCCCCAGAGGAAGAUCCACUAUUUCACGGGCCUGCAGGUCCUGCAGCUCCUCAUCCUCUGUGGGUUUGGGAUGUCCCCCCUGCCCUACAUGAAGAUGAUCUUCCCCCUCAUCAUGAUUGGGAUGAUCCCCAUCAGGUAUAACCUGCUCCCCAAGAUCAUCGAAGCCAAGUACUUGGAUGCCAUGGAUGCAGAGUACUGAAGGGUCCCUGGUGUGCAGAGCAGCACAGACCCCUCCCUCGGAGCUGGAAAAGGCGUGGGACAAUCUCCUGCAGUUCUUUCUUUCACCACUUUCUUCGUGCUCUGACGUUGGCAAUGCACUCCUGUCACGGGGCUGCAGUGCCUGUGCCAGCCCAAGGGAGCCUUGGACUUGGGAGGACGGUGCUCUCUGGAGCUGAGAGGCRAAUGAGCUUUAUGGGAAAUGCAACUUCCCACAUCCCCAACCCCUGAAACCCCAAAGAUCAGCCUGGCUGUACGGUUGGAGCAUCCACAGUUGUCCUGUGUUCCCUUGUUUGAGGGUGGGGGGGCUUUUUUCAAUGCACCACAUCCUUUUCUUCCCCAACACUAAGAACAACGACUGACCCUUGUUUUAUAGAGUGACAGCCCUGUCCUGGCCUUUGAAUCCAAUUCCCUGUGCACCCAAUAUUCCCAAAUUGCUGAGGUGGGAUGGCCUGGUGCUGAACCACUGAUGUCAGGAGAGAUUGUGGCUGUUUUUUUAGAUUAGUGGGUUUGGAAACAGUUGCAAUGUGCACUGCUACAAUCCACAGCUUUGGAUGAAUAUUUAAUUCCUACAAAUGAGCUGGGAACAUUCAGAGGCUGGGCUUGCACAGCCCUGUGGAUCAAACCCCAUCUGGGGCUGAGCUGUUUGGGAAUUUGUUUGGAUAUUUCUCCCGGGUCAUCAAACACAGAAUUGUAGUUUUUUUUUUGCACAACUGCAGCAUUUUUUGCUCUGCCCCCAGAGUCAGAGGGCAGUUGUGUCAAUGGUUGCAUAUACAUAUGUACAGUAGUGCCUAUGUGUACAUAUAUACAUAUGGAUUUGUGUAUAUAUUUUGCAUAGAUAUACAAAUAGGCCUGGUUCUUUCCAAAUAUCAAAAGUGUUCUGUGCAGUCAGUGUUACCCACCAUGUCCUGACCAUACACCUGUUUUCUGCUUCAGUGCUGCUUUUUCUCAUUUGAGAUAUGGUCACUUUUUUUUUAUUUUUUUUCUUUUGGAAGCUGCUCAGUUACUGGUUUUGUUCAUGUGUUGCUUUGUUCAAAGUGUUCCUUUGCUUUCUUCUUCCUGUGGCUUGACACCCUCAUCAUCCUGUCUCGAUGCUCCAACGUGUGAAUUUUUCAUUUAAUUUUGAUGUACAGAAUGCAAUGAAAGUUUUCCUCUUUUUGCCUGAUCGA